UGAUUCCCUGGGAAAAAACACCAGGAAAAAUGAGUGAAACCCCCGGGAAAGCGAUGAUUUCCGUCCAGAAGAUACGGACAAUCAUGAAGAGUUCAGCGGAUGUUGGCUCAAUCACCGCCGAAGCGAUCCAGCUUGUUAGCAAAUCAACAGAACUCUUUAUUGCGGAUCUGGCGAAAAAUGCGAUGAAGGAUGUGAGUGCGAAGACGCUGGAGUACAAAUUCCUGGCAGAAUACGUCCAGCAGGAGCCGAAGCUGGAGUUCCUGCAGCAAAUGGUGCCCAAGAAGAUCACCGUGAAGGAGUACAAGAGGCUGCUAAAAAAGAGUGAGGAGGAUGAGGUGCAGGAAAUCUCAGAUGACGACGAGUGCUCAUCGUCGGCGUCAACUUGCUCGUCAGACAGCGGAAAUGCUGACGAUGCCAUCAGUAUUUCGAGUUCCAGUGUUAUUGAAGUGUCCAGCAAGGGCAGUAAAUAG